AUGGAAAGGGAAGCUAGGGCAAAAGCGGACGAGAAUGUUGCAAAGGAGAUUCGUAGUCUGAAGGAAGCAUUCAGAAGCAUCCAAACCCACAAGGGAUGUGAAGGACUUGAAUAUGAGGAUCUGUGUAUUCAUCCCGAUAUUGAGUUGCCUGCUGGAUAUAAGGUGCCAAAAUUUGAUAUGUUUGAUGAAAAAGGAAAUCCUCGAGCUCAUUUGAGAUCGUACUGUGAUAAGCUUGUGGGAGUAGGAAAAGAUCAAGCCAUUAGGAUGAAGCUAUUUAUAAGGAGCUUGACAGGAGAAGCGCUUGAUUGGUACACAUGCCAAGAUCCGCAGAAAUGGCGUAGUUGGGGAGAGAUGGCGCAGGAAUUCAUGGAUAGGUUCAGGUUUAACACUGAGACUGUCCCAGAUAGAUUCUAUUUGAUGAAGUUAGAAAGGAAGUCAACAGAAACUUUCAGAGAGUAUGCUAUGCGGUGGAGAGCAAAAGCCGCAAAGGUCCAGCCCCCGAUGGCGGAAAGUGAGAUGACGACGCUCUUUGUACAAUCUCUAAAAGAUGCAACAUACUAUGAAAGGUUGAUAAGUGUCAUCGGGCAAAAGUUUUCUUGA